GGAGGAAAUAUACCAAAUGACAUCAACAUACCAUCUGAUAGUUUUAAAGACAACCUCAGUGCUUUAAUAUCCGAAUACAGUCAUGUCCCUAAACUUAUAUUUACAUGCAGACACUCGCAGCAGCGAGGUCCGUCAUGUGCAAUUGCCUAUGCUAACAAAGCAAAUACCGAUCAAGAAAUUCACGUAUUGAAAGGUGGAAUUUCCGGAUGGAGAAGAAAAUAUAAUGAUGAUUCAGAAUUGGUCGAAAAUUUUGGAGAAGAUUAUGAAUUUGAUAUGUAG